GCUGCCAGGACCCCGGGGCCGGGCGGCCGCGCGUCCUCCCGAGGGCUGCAGGAUAUCUGUGAUGAUGAGGUAACUCUUCAAAUAUAAUUGAGCCCUCCAAGUUUGUCGUCUUCAUAUCUUCACAUUGCCUCACAUGGUGCGUUGCUGAUCGGUCCAAGCUUUUAUGUUUAAAAUACAGAUUUCCCCCCCCCCUCAGACAUAAUGUCAACUGGAGAUGACCAGCAAUCACAGGCUCUUACCAAACCCGCUUUCAGUGAAGUACAAGCCUGUGCACUUGUGGAAUCAGUAUUUGGGUUAAAGGUUUCCAAGAUCCAGCCACUUCCUAGCUAUGAUGACCAAAACUUUCAUGUAUGCAUUUCAAGAACCAAAGACACUACUGAUGGUCCAGCUGAAUAUGUCCUCAAAAUAAAUAACACUGAGUCUAGCAAAACUCCAGACCUGAUUGAAGUGCAGAGUCACAUCAUCAUGUUUCUGAGAGCAGCUGGAUUUCCUACAGCCUCUGUUUUUCAUACUAAAGGGGACAACAUAACCUCUCUCAUGUCCAUAGAUAGUGGAUCUGAAACCAAAAGCUACUUGGUGAGGCUGCUGACUUACCUCCCAGGAAGACCUAUAGCUGAGAUUUCCAUCAGCCCCCAACUGUUAUAUGAAAUCGGAAAGCUAGCUGCCAAAUUGGAUAAGACACUAGAGAAAUUCCAGCAUCCAAAGUUAAGUAGUCUUCGUCGGGAGAACUUCAUCUGGAAUCUGAAAAACAUUCCUCUUCUGGAGAAAUAUCUGUAUGCCUUGGACCAGAAUCAAAAUCGAGAGAUCGUUGAACAAGUCAUUCAGCUGUUCAAGAGUGAGGUGAUGACCAAAUUAACUGAUUUUCGAGAAUGUAUCAAUCAUGGAGAUCUUAAUGACCAUAACAUUUUAGUAGAGUCCAGCAAGUCAGCCUCUGGAGAUGCUGUAUAUCAAGUGUCUGGGAUUUUAGACUUUGAUGACAUGAGCUAUGGCUACUAUGUGUUUGAAGUAGCUAUCACCAUCAUGUAUAUGAUGAUUGAAAGCAAGAAUCCUAUACAAGUAGGAGGUCAUGUCCUUGCAGGCUUUGAAAGUAUAAUUCCACUGACAACUGUGGAGAGGAGUGCUUUGUAUCUGCUAGUGUGCAGUCGUUUUUGUCAGUCACUUGUCAUAGCUGCAUACUCUUGCCAGCUCCAUCCAGAGAACAAGGAAUAUAUCAUGAUUACUGCAAAAACCGGGUGGAAACACUUACAGCAAAUGUUUGAAAUGGGCCGUAAAGCUGUCGAAGAGAUCUGGUUUGAAACUGCCAAGUCCUAUGAAUCUGGGAUGCCCAUGUGACUAGACAAAUGCACAUUAACCUGAGCAAUGAAAAACUCGCUAGGACCAAAUCUAAUGUAUGAGUGACUUCCCUGCACAGCUAUCAGUGAGUUGGUGGAACAGAUCAGUGCACAUGAAAGCGCUAAGAUCUUCAAUGUCAUGACUUUUUUUUUUAACUUAACACUACAUGAGCAAACAUGUCUUUCAGUGAAUCUCACAUCUUCAAUGUCAUGACUUUUUUUUUAACUUAACGCUACAUGAGCAAACAUGUCUUUUAGUGAAUCUCACAUGGGUAAAGCACACAGGAUGAUAUUUUGAAUCAGAUGAUUUCUCAAGUCCUAUUCCAGAAACCUCCUCUCACCUCUCUGUUCUCCAGAUUCCUGCCGCACCGUCUUUCUAUGGCACAUCACUUGGAAUAGUGGACCAUGGCUACACAGUCAUUAGCCUGAGAGCUCUUUGAGGGCAAAGAUAUAUCAAGAUUUGUUUUUCCUUUUUUUUUUUUGGUCCUUUGUCCUUUCUUUUUACACCUGGUGUAGUGCCUUUCCACAGAAAGGUCUUUAAAAAUAUUUGUAAAAUUGAUGUGUUCUAGAAGAAAGUCUGGAGAAAAUAAAUCAUGAAUUAAGAUGCCUCAGAAGAAAAUACUGAUGGUAUUCACAAAAAAGUUAUGACUUGUUGAAGAGGGUAUUUGAAAUUGAAACUCCAGAAAUGGAUGCUAAAUGCAUUGGAACUGCCAAGAAGCAUAUAAAGACAUUCAAGAAAGGCCACUCAUUCCUGAGGUACCUAAAUAGUGUGGUUAAUUUUCAGACUGAUACUAAGAAAGUCCCUAAGCAGAUAUUUAAAUUCUCUACAAUUUAUUUCUCUUCAUAUAAAUAGGUAGUAUUGGUGAGCUGUAGCUCACUGUAUUCUUGACUUAAAUGAUACUACUGUAUUUCUUUCAUUGAUUUCUAUUCAUGUUUGCUUUAGUGUGAUUUAGUAAAUGGCUGUUUACUUAUUGCAGAUUUAACUAUAUGGUAUCUACAGAUGAUUCAGGACUAUAACCCUAGCCAUUCAAAUACCCCUUUCAGUAGUUAUCACUCUAAAUAUACGUAAUGGUCACUGAUUCUGUCCAUCUUCCUAUGAACUGACCAGUCUGUAUUCCCCAAACAGGUCUCUCUCUAAGUUUUCUUACCUCAUUCUUGUAUUCCUCUUUAAUUCCUCUUGCCCCCAAUAUCCUUAUCUAUUAAGUUGGGGUGAUAAUACUAGCUAUGUCAUAUGUUCAGAGGCUCCAGCAGCAGUAGAAAUUGCCUGGCUCACCCCCACCAUGAGCUGCAGGGAGAGCUGGGUUUGACAAGCCCAGUGUGAGCCAUGGGGAGAGAGGCCCCUGCUCUGGCAUGCUGGUCAUUCAAGCAUGUGACCUGCUAUUGGGUCCCCUGUGCUGCGUGCCCUACGCAAGACUAUCAAGCCAGCCCAGGGCAGAUAUUUCACACACUACUGGGUGGGGAUUUGGCUUUUGAAUACCACCCAGAAUUGUAAACAGACCAAUCAGAUUCAAGCUCCUACUGGUGCCAUUCAAGAUUUUGAGGCCAUUGAGGAAUUGUAAAUAGACCAAUCAGAUUUGAGCUUAACAUGGACCAAUCAAGUCUUGGAAAUGAAGCUGUAAUGGACCCCUCAGUCUUGACAGGUGGAUACUCUGAAGGGGAUAUAAGCUGAGGUUUCACAGGACUUCAGGGAGAACUUCCUCUGGACUUGACCUCUGCUAACCUUUGAGAUCUUUGCUUCAGACCUCCAGCCCUGCAUCUGACAUCACCUACUGACUGGCACCGUUGACCUAUGCCCAAGUUCUCUAAAAGAGCUGCCUGCCUUUGGCUUAUGUCCAGCAUCUCUAAGAGCUGUAAAACCGGCACCUGGUCUUCUGGCACCACUCACUGCUGACUUGUGUCCAACUAUCUCUAAGAACUAUCUGCCACUUCUGAUCCUCCUGUGCCACCUCCUGGUGAUGUUGCAUCUGGUUCUGUCCAUUCUGGCAUCUGGCAGUGUCAGCCCGUUCUCCAGAUAGGUGCUGUUGCAGCCGUGCCAUCUCAGCACCUGUGAUCACCUCCAGGUGCCAUUGUGAGUUGGAUCCUGGCCGACUGCUUAUUGGCAACUAGCUUUAGGCUCUCAUCAGAGGGACAAAGCCAUCUUGCACCUUUGAUUUGGACUACUGGAUACUAUCUGGGGUAGAACAGCCAUUUGUGGCCUUAGAAAUGUUUUCCUUUCCCUAAUUUCCCCUUUGUUAACAAACCCCAUUGUUAUUACACCCUGAUAUCGAGUCUGUCUUGCAGUUGUAAGCACAGUGAUGAGGACCCAUGAACUGUGAUAUCUCCCAGGCUUUGCAGGGUUUCACAUAGAGUUACCUACUGAGAAUAAUGCAAAGUGAUUAGCAUAGUGCUUGAUACAUAGUAGAGACUUGAUCAUUACUAAAUAAAGGAAACAUUCCUGGUUAUCCAAACUCAAAAUUUUGGAGUAUCUUUUAUUUUCCUCCCUCAUAGUCAGUUAGUGACUUUCAGGAAUUAGAAUUUAGAUCAGAGGGGCACAUGUUGCCAGUGAGUGGCCAUAGAAAGCAGGAGACUCAGCUGCAGGAGGGCAGAAGGAAGGAAGGGCAGCAGCUUGAACCCUCUCGAUCUGCUAGGGAAGCGGGUGGAGAACCAGGCCACCAGGAGCAAGCAUGUAUUUUCAAGAAGGCAGUGGUGGAGGCUAUAAUCCAGCUCCAGUCACUGUCGCCUUUCCUAGGUAGAGGCUGUGGUCAUUUCAGAGGCAGCAGUGGUAGAGGAGGAGGAGGAUUUGAACUAGGAGGUGGCCCAGGCUUUAACAAAGGCCAAGA